AUGCCAGUCAUAGCCAUCACCCUCACCGUCGUCAGCGCGUGCGCGAUCAACGUCGGCAAGGGAAUCCAGAAAAAAGCGUCCAAAUCGCUCCCGAAGCUCAGCCUCGCGUCGCUCCGUUCGUACCUGACGGACCCGAAUUGGCGCCGCGGGUUGGAGUUGGACGUCAUCGGCGGCGCGGGAAUGCUGCUCGCGCUGUCCAUCGCGCCGAUGAGCGUGGUGCAGCCCGCGAGCGCGAGCGGGGUGGCGAUUUUAGCCGUGGUGAGUCACGCGUACUUGGGAGAGAGCCUGACGCUGCGCGAGUGGAAGGGCGUCGCGUCGUGCGGGUUCGGCAUCGCGGUGCUGUCGAAAUUCGCUCGAGGCGGCGGUGAAACGCGCGCACUGGGAGCGUUUAGAUUGAUGGUGGCGAUCGGCCUCGGAUUCGCGUGCCUGGCGACGCCGAGCGUGAUCUCGCACAGGUUUAGAAGCGGCGCGUCGGCGUCGGCGGCGAAGCGAUACGAGUUAAUAAAAAUCGGUGCGCAGUGCGGGACGUGCUUCGCGCUGAGCGCGUUCAGCGUGAAAGCAGCGAUGGGAUUCUUAUACGCGUGGCGGUUGUUCAGCGCCCCGAUCGCGUUCGGCGUGAGCGGGACGUUGACGGCGAUGGGGCUGUACUUUCAAACAGCCGGCUUCAGAGAGGCGGGCGACGUCUCCAUCGUCGUCGUCUGCGUCGCCGGAAACGUCGCGCAGAUGUUCGUCGCCGCGCUGUACGGUCUCAUCAUUCUCAGCGAACCGCUGCCGGAGACCAUUCCAGCGUUCAUCGGCUGGAUCAUGUCGUGGGUGUUCAUCACGUACGGCGUCGUCGCGCUCUCCGGCGCCGACUCCGCGUCUUCGUUGGUCAAGGCGCGCGAAGUUCGCGGGGCGCCCAUCUUACCCACCGCCAUCGGUCCCGGCGCGAUGCCGCCUUUCAAAACCAAUUAG